AUGGGUUACGCUGAAAAUGAAGAAUCAGGAACUCAAAUAUCCGAAACCACAAAAAGUUCAUCACUUUUCAGAUACAAUUCACCUCUUGCACAAAUCAUUCUCAUUGGAUUAGUUUGUUUUUGUUGUCCAGGAAUGUUCAACGCUCUCUCUGGAAUGGGUGGUGGUGGUCAGGUCAACGCUACAGCUUCCAACAACGCCCUCACCGCACUCUAUACAACCUUCGCCAUUUUCGGAAUCCUAGGUGGUGGAAUCUACAACAUCCUCGGACCCCAUUUAACUCUUUUCGCAGGUUGUUCCACCUAUGUCCUCUACGCCGGUUCUUUCCUCUACUACAAUCAUAAACAACACCAAGCUUUUGCUAUAGUCGCCGGUGCUGUUCUUGGAAUCGGUGCCGGUCUACUAUGGGCUGCACAAGGUGCUAUUAUGACAUCUUACCCACCGGUGAAUCGGAAAGGAACUUACAUUUCAAUUUUCUGGAGUAUCUUCAACAUGGGUGGUGUUAUCGGUGGUUUAAUCCCUUUUAUUCUUAAUUAUAACAGCGGUGAUAAAGCUGCUACUGUUAACGAUGGAACUUACAUAGGUUUCAUGGCUUUUAUGUCGUUAGGAACAGUUUUGUCUUUGACUAUUUUGCCAGCUAGUAAAGUUGUUCGUGAUGAUGGAACAAAGUGUACAAAUAUGUUAUACUCAAAUGUUGCAACUGAGUGUGUGGAGAUCUUGAAACUCUUCUACAAUUGGAAGAUGCUUCUCAUGAUUCCUGCUGCUUGGUCUAGUAAUUUUUUCUAUACAUAUCAGUUUAAUCAUGUUAAUAAGACCGAGUUUAAUUUGAGAACAAGAGGGUUGAACAAUGUGUUUUAUUGGGGAGCACAGAUGAUGGGUUCAAUUGGGAUUGGAUACACUAUGGAUUUCAGUUUUAAGAGUAGAAAGAAGAGAGGGAUUGUGGGAAUUUGUGUUGUUGCUGUUCUUGGAUCUGCUAUUUGGGGUGGUGCAGUGGCCAAUCAGAUUAAACAUCGACAUGGUGAGAUAUUGGAUUUUAAGGAGUCUGGUUCUGGUUUUGCUGGUCCUUUUGUUUUGUACUUCAGUUUUGGGUUGUUGGAUGCUAUGUUUCAAAGUAUGGUUUACUGGUCCAUUGGAGCAUUGGCUAAUGAUUCCGAGAUUCUUAGCAGGUAUACAGGAUUCUAUAAAGGGAUACAGAGUGCUGGAGCUGCAGUUGCAUGGCAAAUUGAUAACCACAAUGUGUCUCCAAUGUCACAGUUGAUUGUGAAUUGGGUUCUCACUUCAUUAAGCUAUCCAUUACUGUUGGUUUUGAUGGUGUUGGCUGUGAAGGAGGACAAUAAGGAGGAAGAGGAAACUGGGGAGAAGAUUUCUCCUCCUGGUCACAAUGGUUCUGUAUCUGUCCAUUGA